GUCGAGUUCAGCAAAUUGGUUGGAUCUCUGAAGCCGGAUGAAUCAGGAAAUGUGAUUGUGUCAUCUUUGACUAUCUGAUUGAUAAUUUGGAGCAUUGGGAAUAGUCUGGCCUUAAAGGGGCAGGGCACCCUGUCGUCAUUAAAAAUUAUAAAAAAGGGUUCCACAAUGGGUUGUGGAUUUUUCAAUCAUUUUUUGAAGCAAGCAACAAUAUAAAAAUUUCAUAAAGAUUGGGGGAUAAAUUUCCCAAAAUAUGUAGAUGAGUCUGAUUUCUCCUUGUUACGUUAUUUUCUAAAUUUAACUCUUCAACUCUGAUCCCACCUCAGCAUGAACUUCUAUCGAUCAUGUUCACUUCCGAAUUUUGGCUAAUAUGGAACACAAAUGCUGGGUGGUGUAGAUAAAAGAGAAAGAUGGCAAUGACGUUAAGAUGCAAGAACAAUGAAACAAGUGUACAUGGCUAUGGAACUUGACUAGAAAGUAGGAGGUAGGGAAGUCGUUGAAAUAUGAAGAAGAUGAUGAAGAUCAGGUUGUCACUUGUGGAUGUGACAAUGGUUGAAGCUGAUGAAGGUGAGGAAAUUGGAGCAAGGGAUGGCACCCUGCAUGCAAAUGGCAAAGUUCGAGUCUCAUAUGGGUGGGUCAGUCUGUAUUGCUUUUGAUGGCCGCUAAUGAAGCAUCCUGGUGUCAGGUGGGAACUUGAAGCCACGGAAGGGCUGCCAUAUUACAUGAAGGCUAGAUAUCUUGCACUCGUGAACACCGUGGAUGAAAUAGAGAGCCAUAUGAUGCCGGAUGAAAAAUUCCACCAUACAAACUACAUAAAAAGAGAAGAAUUUACUCCCAUUCAGCUGCAAGAAGAAACAGUUUUGAAGAUACAUUUACCUAUUUCUUCGCCUUCUUCCGGCACUGAGCAGUAAAGAAGAAAAAGGGAAAACUUUGAAAGGCAUGGGAUGGAUGCAAAGUUAUUUACAAUGUUGGGUCUUGGGGUGCUACUGCUGUAGGUUGUUCUCCCCUUAGUUUUGUAAUUCUCGGUAGUGGUGUUUUAUUUUUUUGGUGAUUGCUUGGCUUCCAUUUCUUUAUAUUAUAGAUGGUGUUUCUCCCAAGUUAAGAAAACCAUUUCCAUUGAUAUAUGCCAGCUGCUAUCCCAAUUUUAGUAUCGAAUGCUAAUAUGUUGAUCUCAUUAUGAGUUUGAGCUUUUGGUACUCUCGACAUAGAAGCAUUGUUGUAUAUUCUUUGUUGUGCAUGUUUCUUUUA